AUGGAUUGGCGGCGGAUCCCGUCGAAGCAAAACAUUGCGGAUGUCCUCACCAAGUGGGGUCAAGGUCCUCCGCUACAAAACGACUCGGAGUGGAAGAAUGGACCACAAAUUCUCUACCAACCGGAGGAAUUCUGGCCUUCUACAGGGCCGAUUGAUGCAACUGGAGAAGAGGCGCGAGGAAUGAUGCAGUUUCAUGCUGUGGUGGAUGCCGAAUCGGUGUCUCGAUGGGCAAAGCUGGUUAGGAUCACUGCAACAGUGCUGCGUUUCAUUGCCAACUGUCAGCGAAAGAAGAGUGGGUUACCAAUCAUGACAUUGAAAGCCACACAGAAUCAGCAGAGAUUCCUCAAGGUAGGAUAUCGGAGCACGGUGGCGACACUCAAGAAGGAGGAGCUCCAAAAGGCAGAAAUCGUCUUGUGGAAGCAAGUGCAAUUUGACAGUUUUCCAGAUGAAAUGAGCGUGUUGACCAAAAAUAUUCAACUGGAGCCUGGUCAAUCUAUGGAGAAGAUUUCGAAGUCCAGUCAACUGUAUAAGCUAUCGCCGGUGCUGGAUGCCGAAGGUGUGUUACGGGUUCGUGGCAGACUUGAGAAAAAUGAGGGCAUUCCUUUCGAUAAGCGGUUUCCGAUUAUUUUGGCCAGGAAAUACGAAAUCACGAGAAAGCUGAUCAUGCACUAUCAUGAGAAGUACGGCCAUGCAAAUCGAGAAACGGUUUUCAACGAGUUGCGGCAGAAGUUUUGGAUAACGAAUGCUAGAGCGGCGAUUUUGAAAGCAACGAAAGAAUGCGUGUGGUGUAGAGUGUAUCGCUGCGUGCCUCAGGUUCCGAUGAUGGCACCGUUGCCGGUGCAACGAAUUACAUCUCACUUGCGUCCAUUCAGCGCGGUGGGUGUCGAUUACUUGGGGCCAGUGGAGGUCACAGUGGGCCGUAGGAAGGAGAAACGAUGGAUUGCCGUCUUCACGUGUAUGGCGGUGAGAGCGGUACACUUGGAAGUGGUUCACAGUCUAUCUACACAAUCCUGUUUGAUGGCUCUUCGACGUCUUUCUUGUAAGCGAGGAGCUCCGGAACAAAUAUUUUCGGAUAACGCGACAUGCUUCCGCGGAGCCGAUGCAGUGAUGGUGCGAACGAUCAAGAACAUCAACAAGGAGUGCGCUGAAAAAAUGACAACAGCAGUAACAGCGUGGCAUUUCAAUCCUCCCGCAACACCUCACAUGGGCGGUGUUUGGGAGCGGAUGGUGCGGUCCGUAAAGGAGGCAAUGCGUGCGUUGGACGAUGGGCAGAAGUUGACGGAUGAAAUUCUCGCGACAACGCUGGCUGAAGCUGAAGACCUGAUUAACACACGUCCAUUAACAUACAUUCCUCAAGAUUCAGUGGAAGUAGAAGCUAUUACGCCGAACCACUUUCUCCGUGGGUCGGUGACGAAUGCAGAUAUGCAAGUAGAUGGUUCCGUAGACUUUGCAGAAGUGCUACGAAAUACGUACAAACGGUCGCAGUAUCUGGCAAAUACGAUUGGUUCGAAGAGCGAAAAUCUUUAG